AUGGACAGGGACGCAGAGACCUCCGCCUCGGCGCCAAAGGAGCGCGGCCCCGUCGAGGACCUCAUUGCCAAGCGCCUCAAGCCCUUGAACAAGAAGAUUAUUCGUUUCCGCAACUACCGCCAGCAGGCUCCCGAGUCUCUCAACGCAGACCAGGUCUCCGCGCUCUCUUCUCUCCCGCAGCUCGAGGCUGUGGCGCGCGAGCUCGAGGAGCUCGUCAAGCUUGCCGAGGACGCCGAGCUUGUGGCUGCUGCCCGUGCGCGCGAGAUCCGCGAGGCGGCCGACAAGGACUUUGAGUCGCGCGUCUCGACCAGGCUCUCUGGCCACCAGCUCGUGCUUGCCGACAAGAUUGCCAACUUCCUCACCCUUCACGCCCUCCUGCACCCUGCCCGUCCCAGCGACCACUCCAACUUGACGUUUGCGCCGCUCACCCUUCCCUUGCGCUUGCAGGACGAGGUGCUGGCGACGGACAUUCUCCGCGUCGGCCGCAUGUAUGACGACCUUGUCGCUGGUGGAGAGGCGGGACACGGUGUCCUCACCGUCCUGUCGACCGGCCCCAGUGGCGGCGACGAGGAAGAUGACCGUGUUCACCACCUCCUUGCCAUCCUCAUUUCGGCCGAGCCCGAGCGUGAUACCGACGCCGACACCGAGGUCCAAAGCAUGUACCCGGAGCCCGCCGAGUCGAUGCGCGACUAUGCAGAGUCCGAGGCCAUCAGCCAUGCUUCUGGAUCCCUUACCAACGGCGUCAACGACCCCCAGCGCACCCCCGUCAACCCUCUGCGCGCCUUUGACGACACCCCCUUUGCCAACCUCAGCCGUGACAUGCCCCUCAACUUUCUCCAGGAGGACGAGUUGGCACCAAGGCAAGCCGAGCAGGUCGAGGGCCUGUUUGUCAAUGUCGGCGUCACGCAGACGUACGAGGUUGUCGAGCCCGAGUCUGCCAUCAUGUCUGAGGCCGCCGAGUCGCUCGCUACCACCCCCGUCCGCGCUCACUCUUCCCUGAACACCAUGGACUGGUCGGCCGAGCACGACGACGCCGCCGAUGUCGAGUCUGCCUCGCGCCUCGAAUCUGCCCUUACCCCGAGCGCGCCCAGCACCCCGGCUCUGGGUCUCACCGACACCAGCGAGGUCGCCGGCGUGACUGCGGCCGUUGCGGCUGUGUCUCUCGAGACUGAGACCGCUCCCGAGGCUGAGGCUUCGUCCGCUUCGGCUUCGGCGCCCGCGACUGGCAACAGCAACCAGCGUAACAAGGGCCGUAAGCCUCAGCGCGGCGGCAAGACCGAGGGCGGCAAGGAGCGCGAGCCCCGUGAGCCCCGUGAGCCCCGCGAGCGCGCACAGGGCAAGGGCAAGCCCAACGCCGCCGCUACCGCGGCCCAGGUCGACGACGACGGGUUUGAAGUCAAGGUCGCGCGUCGCGCUUCCGGGGCGCAGCGUGGGCGUGGUGCCGGUGCCGGUACCGGGGCGGGCCGUGGCCGUGGAGGACGUACGGGCGCUGGCUCUAGCACGCCGCGUGAGGGAGCGGGCGCCAAGACGAACGGUGCCAACGGCAGCAGCAAGGACACUACCCCGCGCAAGCCCCGUGAGCCUAGGGAGAACAAGGAGGGCGGCAAGAAGGAGCAGCAGGGUGGCAGGAAGGACAAGGAAGGCGGCGAGGCGGCGGCUCCCAAGCCCAAGCCGAGCAUCUACAAGGCCACUCAGCCGACUGGUCCUGCCUCUGCGCCCCUCCUCUAA